AUGACCAAUACCCCACCCCAAUACCUACAAGCCAUUCUACCAUCCACUAUUGACACGUAUAAUGCAUGGAUAUCAUCUCAGGGUGCCGUUCCCGCAGUUGAUGUUUUAGCGGCUGACAAUUCAACUCGACUGCUGUGGGUUGGGCCGAAGUAUGCAAGCAAGGUGGUUCUUUUUUUUCACGGCGGCGGAUAUGUGAUGCCUCUUUCCAAGGGACAUCUUGACUGGAUGGCACAUAUAAGAAAAGAGGCAUCAAACACUGGGAUUGAGCUAAGUGUGUGUAUUCUUGAAUAUGGUUCGUACAGUGAGAAAAAUCGAAAGAAAAAAAUGAACGCUAAGUUGUCAGAUUUGAUUCCCGCCAAUCCGUAUCCUAGGCAAAUGUCACAGGGCAUUUCCGCACUUAAACAUCUCCUGAAUUCAGGAUAUACGCCGUCAGAGAUUAUUUUUGGAGGCGACUCCGCGGGAGGCCAUCUGUCCCUAAGUCUUAUGGCGCAUCUACAUCGUCACCGUCCCUUCGAUCCUUUGAAAGAGAGUGCCAUUGAUCUGCAGGGCGCAAUAAGAGGGUGCUUUCUUGUAUCUCCUUUGGCCUCAUUGAACUUCAAUACCGUCUCCUAUUCAAGAUGGUUUAGUGCCGAUGUUUUGAGCCGGAAGAAUGUUGAAAAAUGGGGAAAUUAUCUUGUUGAAAAUUCUCCUUGGCAAGAUGACAUUUCUUCGGGAAAUGCCUGGGGAAUGUCCAUGGGUGUACCCGAAAGCUGGUGGAAAGGCUUUGCGGCUAUCGAGCGCAUCAUUUUAACCGGUGGCAGUGAAGAGGUUUUUCGCGAUCAUAUACAGCAGUUGGGAGACUUGCUGAAAAGGACAAGUGAAGGAGAUGUGACAAUUCACAUGGCUAAUGAAACUCACGACGGGCCAUUGAUGGACUUUGCAGCUGGGAGGCCUCCAAGUGAAACAACGAAGGCCAUCACAGAUUUCAUCAUAUCUUGCUUCGGGGAGUGA